AUGAAUGGAAGCAAUAUAAACGCAUCGCUAGGAGAUGGGCAGGUAUCAUCAGAAGACAUUGUAUUUUCCGCCCUAUACUCGAUUAUAGUAUUCUUUGGGGUCUUAGGAAACACUGUCGUUAUUAUUAUUGUAGCAAAAACACCAUCAAUGCACACCACAGCCAACUAUUUAUUAACGAACCUAGCCGUGGCGGAUAUGCUGACCUUAUUGUUUUGCCCAGGCAUGUACGACUUCGCUAUAAACAGUUUCAGGAUUAAUUCUACACUAGGGGACAUUGUAUGCAAGCUGUUUGCAGGGAACGCAAUCGUAUGCAUCACCUUUGAUGCCUCCGUAUUGACCCUCUGCGUAAUCGCCCUCGAACGAUACGUGGCUAUAGUCAAACCGUUUAAAAGCGCUCGUUGGACCAUCGCGUCAAGAAAUGCAGCUUCAGUUAUAGUUUUUAUAUGGCUGGCGUCUUUCAUUUUGAGCUUCCCAGACAGUUUAUGGACUAAGUAUAACGCGGCUCACACGGCUGAUAUGUACCCCUGCAUUCGCCCAUGGACUUUAAAUCACGAGCCAGCUGUGAAGGCUUACAUCAUUGGCCAUUGCCUUCUUAUGAUCGUUCUCCCGUCAAUUUUGAUUUCGUUUUGCUAUUUUUCCAUUCUAAGAGAACUCAGAUGGAAUUUAGCGGAUCCAGUGCUGGACGAAACUGAUAAAAACAACACAAAAAAACUUCUGAAGCCUCUCUUCUCUAUAGCAGUUGCAUUCUGUUUCCUCUGCCUACCAUUCGCGGGAUUCUUCUUCUACGUGUGUGCUCUAGAACCCAUGCAUGUGGAACAAAACUACGCGACCUUAUUUUUAACGCAUAGGAUUGUUCGCGUUUUGAUAUUUUUCAACUCCUUUGUUAAUCCACUGUUAUACGCGGCCCAAAGCUCGAAUUAUCGAAAAUCGCUCAAAAGAAUCUUCUGCAAAAGAAAUGCAAAUAUUUGCAGCAAAGAAAUUAAAGUGGGAAAGCGUUUGGGGAACAUGGAGGAGCAAGUGUAA